AGACAUGGAAGUCGUAUAUUACUCAACACACACACUUGCCUAGGGUAUUUACAUAGUUUCAGGAUGUUUGCAAUGUAGACCUAGUUACGGCUCAUUGAGUAAGACGGGGGUAAAUGGAACGGGAGAAGUACUCCUAUCACAUCGGCGUUCUCAUCAGUGUAUUGCCUUCCAGCUUAUUUAGAUCUUGUGAAUGCCCUGCACCCCACCCCCACCCACCAAGUGCGAGCAUUACUUCGGCAGCCGAGCAGCAGCUGCGGCAUCCAGGCUGUACUAAAGCCGGAGCUGUGUACACAUUAAGACGUUGGUAAUGGGCUAAUUUUCGUCACCACGGCCGCUCAGGGGUGAGACUAGCUUUCAGCACCAAGAAAUGGACAGCGACUUGAAGCUCCACUGAACUGUAUGGCAACACAGUUCAGCGCCACUGACGGUGGAAUGGGAUUAGUUUUCAGCACCAAAAGACGCUGGACAGUAGCAGUCUUGCAGAGCUCCUGCAAUAGGGGAGUGAGCAACAGGGACAGUCAGUGACCAGCAGUGAAAUAAAUCAGCACAUCAUUUCCAUCAUGUUUAUGAAAAUGAGCGUGCGAUAUAUAAACGCCUAUUGACUGCAUCGGUACUGUUGUAGCAAUGUCUUCUUUGAUUUCCACCCAGUUCUUAUAAACACAGCAAGAUACAGCAGAGUACUAGUUCUGUUAAAAAAGAACCCGUUCCGGUCCUGGAUGAGCUGCAUGCUGUUCUGAUACCCUUGCCUUAACCGAGGUUGUGAAAGUGAAGACAUUCUGCCAGUAUUAGGAGGCACUGACUUGGCUCAUUUUGAGUGGAAGCAUUUGCAGAGAGAUCGGGAGGGGACGUCUCAGUUUUGCAUAGUCCAUGCUGCGGGAUUUCUAAGGGUAACUAAUGGUGUUAAUUUCCAAGUUGCUUAGCAGAUUCUAUUAGCCAUAAUCUGUUUUAACAUCAACCAAUUAUCCUCACUGUUCAUACCAGAGGCUGUGGGCAAACAAGAUGUUUUCUUCCCUAGGAUUUAGUUUUUCUCGUUAAUUGUAAUUGGAGGCUUAACAUUUUUGACUAAUUACUCGAGGUAGUUUUAUUACUGUCAGUAGCGGCAGUAUGUUCAAGUCCAUGGCGUUCCAGCCUUGCGAAAAUGAGCUUUGAGGAUGAUCUUUCCAUAAUACACUAUAUGCAUAAAUAAAAGGAGGUAGCCUUGUUGCUAGACAUUGGAACUAGCAGACAUCUAUUAUGAGCGCAGGUUCCAUUUCAGCACCACGCUAUUUGGAUUAAGUAUAGUUCGUCUGUGCCUGGCUCUUGCUUCAGCUGCAGCCCGUCUUCCAGCACUUCUCCAGGAGGACAGUGCUUUCUUUUAUUAGUGCUACUAUUACUGUUAUUUCGUUGUUAACAUUCUUACGGUGUUUCACUCAAAUACUCCACUUCUGAAGCCUCUUUCACUAAAGUGACACGGGAGACGUACAUUAUUUAUUAGAACCAGGAAAUACUGUGGAACUGAUUUACUCUUUGAAGAGGUUGCAUUCAUCGCCAGCUGCACAGCGCCGUGCUCCCCUGGUCGAAGAGGCCGAGCAGUAAGGUUUGAAAACUUAAGGGGAAAGGAGUUCAGUUCCUGCAAGCGCAGCAAAGUACUAUGUAGUAAGGAAAAGAUGCUUCCACUUUCUGCAAGAUGACAACUGCCUAAGGCCUCUUUCAAAUGCAACCAUCGGACAACAAUAACUUGAAAGUGCUUUCAGAUGUUUUCCUCCCUUCAGAUUUUCUUUGGAGACAUUAUUCCGACAGAGGUUUUCAACAGGAAUAAUAAAUGAAGAAAGCUCCCAAAAAACACUCACCAGUUGUAAACCCUGUCCCCCUAAGCAUCCCCUACCCCCUCACACGUUUGUAUAAAUGAAACAAUCACGUUUUUUCGCAUCUCUUAAGAAACUCUUCCCUUAAUUUCUUUUGAGUUUUUGCCAAGGGAAAUAACUAACCAAGACAGCCAAAAGAAAAGCAACUUUGAAACAAUGAAAUUGUAUUAAAGAAAAAUAAUUAUGUUUAGCGAAUGGGUUCAUUGAAGCUUGCCAAUACAUUUUACUUGGAAAUGGCUGGUAUGAGGAAUAUGCUUUUGUGCUUGGAACAUUUGUCUGUCUUUCUGCUGCUGGCCAGCUGUUACAGGUCUGUCUAUGUUUUCGCCAAACCUAAAUCCCAUGGACACCGCCACAUGAACUCCAUUAGCAUUCAUGGUGACAUUACCUUGGGAGGACUCUUUCCAGUUCAUGGUCGAGGAGCAGAAGGUAAGGCAUGUGGGGAGCUCAAGAAAGAGAAGGGUAUCCACAGACUGGAGGCUAUGCUGUAUGCACUGGACCGUAUUAAUAGUGAUCCUCACCUCCUCCCGAACAUCACUCUGGGAGCUCUCAUUCUGGAUACUUGUUCGCGGGACACACACGCUCUGGAGCAAUCCUUGACGUUUGUGCAGGCCUUGAUUGAGAAGGACAGCUCAGAUGUACGCUGUAUCAAUGGGGAGCCACCCAUCAUCAACAAACCUGAUAGGGUGGUAGGAGUCAUAGGAGCAUCAUCCAGUUCCGUCUCUAUCAUGGUGGCGAACAUACUGCGUUUAUUUAAGAUUCCUCAAAUAAGCUAUGCAUCUACUGCCCCUGAACUCAGUGAUAACAGUCGCUAUGACUUCUUCUCUCGGGUGGUCCCAUCUGAUACAUAUCAGGCUCAAGCAAUGGUGGACAUCGUGAAGGCCCUAAAGUGGAAUUAUGUCUCGACUCUGGCAUCUGAGGGAAGCUAUGGAGAAAGUGGGGUGGAAGCAUUUAUUCAAAAGUCUCGAGAAGAUGGGGGUGUAUGUGUUGCACAGUCAGUGAAAAUCCCAAGAGAGCCCAAACCAGAGGAGUUUGACAAGAUUAUCCAGCGACUACUGGAAACGCCAAAUGCUCGUGGAGUCAUCAUCUUUGCAAGUGAAGACGACAUAAGGCAUGUACUUGAGGCUGCAAAGAAAGCUAAUCAAACAGGUCACUUUACAUGGGUGGGGUCUGACAGCUGGGGAGCAAAAAUCACACCAGUGCUUCACCAAGAAGAGACUGCAGAGGGCGCAGUGACAAUUCUCCCAAACAGGACAGCUGUACCUGGUUUUGAUCGGCACUUUACUAGCCGCACUCUGGAAAACAACAGGAGGAAUAUCUGGUUUGCAGAAUUCUGGGAGGCAAAUUUUCACUGUCGGCUUAAUCGGCAUGCAGUGAAGAAAGGAGGCAGCAUCAAAAAAUGCACCAACCGUGAGAGAAUUGGACAGGACUCCGCCUAUGACCAGGAGGGAAAAGUACAAUUUGUCAUCGAUGCUGUGUACGCCAUGGCUCAUGCACUACAUAAGAUGCACAAGAACUUGUGUCCUGGCAAGGUUGGCCUCUGUCCACGGAUGAAUCCUAUAGAUGGACAGGAACUUCUUAGAUACAUCCGAAGUGUCAACUUUUCAGGCAUUGGUAGUACACCCGUGACAUUUAAUGAAAAUGGCGAUGCUCCAGGGCGUUACAUGAUAUACCAGUAUCAACGCAUAAACUCCAGUGCUGAAUACAAAGAGAUUGGACAUUGGACACAGCAGCUGAAGUUAGAUUUGAAGAGCAUGAAAUGGGCGAGAGGGGCUCGACAAAUCCCAAGCUCUGUUUGCAGUCAGCCAUGCAAGCCUGGAGAGAGAAAAAAGACUGUAAAAGGGAUUCCGUGCUGCUGGAAUUGUGAGCGCUGUGAUGGUUAUCAGUAUCAGGUGGACAGCUACAACUGCAAACCAUGCCCAUUCAAUAUGCGGCCUAAUGAGAAUCACACUGGCUGCCGUCCCAUCCCGAUCAUUAAACUGGAGUGGAGCUCCCCUUGGGCUAUGAUCCCUGUGUUUAUAGCCAUUAUGGGUAUUAUUGCUACACUUUUUGUUGUUGUGACUUUUGUUCGUUACAAUGACACCCCCAUAGUCAAGGCAUCUGGACGGGAACUCAGCUAUGUCCUUUUGACUGGGAUCUUUCUGUGUUAUGCUACUACAUUCCUGAUGAUUGCAUCACCUGAUGUUGGGAUUUGUUCACUGCGUCGUGUUUUCCUGGGGCUGGGAAUGAGUAUCAGCUACGCUGCACUGCUGACCAAAACAAACAGAAUCUACCGGAUAUUUGAACAGGGGAAAAAAUCGGUCAGUGCACCUAAGUUCAUCAGUCCUGCCUCCCAGCUAGUUAUCACUUUCAGCCUUAUCUCAGUACAGCUCAUUGGAGUGUGUAUUUGGUUCAUUGCAGAUCCCUCACACUCCAUGGUUGACUAUAAGGAGCAAAGAACUGCAGACCCAGAAUUUGCCCGAGGGGUGCUCAAGUGUGACAUUUCGGACCUUUCUCUUAUCUGUUUGCUGGGAUACAGCAUGCUUCUUAUGGUAACAUGUACUGUGUAUGCUAUCAAAACACGAGGAGUGCCUGAAACAUUCAAUGAAGCCAAGCCCAUUGGCUUUACAAUGUACACCACUUGCAUCAUCUGGCUUGCCUUCAUACCUACCUUUUUUGGGACGUCACAGUCUGCAGAAAAGAUGUACAUCCAGACAACAACACUGACUAUUUCCGUGAGUCUAAGUGCUUCCGUUUCACUAGGUAUGCUCUACAUGCCCAAGGUGUACGUUAUUCUCUUCCACCCUGAGCUGAAUGUUCCGAAGCGCAAGCGUAGUCUCAAGGCUGUAGUGACCGCAGCUACCAUGUCUAACAAAUUCACACAAAAAGGUGGUUUCCGACCAAAUGGUGAAGCAAAAUCAGAGCUGUGUGAAAAUCUAGAAACUCAAGCUCUGCCAGCAAAACAAACGUAUGUCAGCUACAGUAACCAUGCAAUCUAAUGGAGCAUGACCCCCUCUACUUCCCUGUUCUCCUUCAUUCCUCCGAGAAGAAAACCUGUUUAGGUUAUGGAUGGAAAUUAGUUGUUCAAAAAUGAAUGGAUUCUCGGGGUCCAAGAUGCCUGCCAAUUGAUAUGGGGCCUGCUUAAGAGUCUCCUCCACUAUUCCUGGCAGUCAACACUGAGCAUAUUGAGUGCCUGAAAAAAAGUGGAACAAAAUGAACCUUCAGGUGGAGCAAAGCUGCCCAGUUUGGAAUGAAAUACACAGAUUAUGAAUCAUAUGUUUGCAACCCACUGUUUGUUUUCUUUAAAGAAAAACUGUUUGAUGUUGUGGGAUUGUUUGUGAUUGUGUAUAACUUUUAUGUUCCUUCUCUUUUUCUCUUGCUCUGUCUCUCUCUGUUGAUUUCCUUUGAUUUAAAAAAAAAAAAAUAAAAAAUAUAAAAACUUUGGAUUGUGUGUCACCAAAUCAAAAAAAAAAGAAAAAAAAAAAAAGAUGACAAACUUGCCAGUGUUAAGUGCUGAUUUCAUAGAUGGUAAAUUAUAUGUUUGUGGCAUACUGACCUGGGACAUGUCUGCUGACCAAUCAAGGAACAUGAACGUAACAGUGCCUGGAUGUUUAUGAGUAAAAAAUGAAUAAAAAGCAUACAGCAUGCUAAUUUUUAUACAAGAAUAUUUCUAAUAAAAAGUAAUGUUUUACAAAA